GUACGUGCCGUGCUAGUUGACAAAUUUCAGUCAAGCCUUUCAAUUUGUUGUAUUAGUCAAAAUUAAAUUUCUUCUUUUUGUUUUUCUUUAAGUUUGUAAAAUGUGUUUAGCCCAAAAAUGUUGUUGCGGAUGCGAACUGAAGACAGGUUGCUGGGUUCUAGCUGGUUUGCAAAUCGGUUGGGGCACUCUGCAGAUUAUUUCGGCGAUAUGUCUUAAAUCAUCCGACGAAUCUGACCGAUAUUAUUCAGACGACGAUUGGCUUUUUUACUAUCCUGACUGGAAAGUCUACCUCACAAUAAUACUGGCCCUACUGUCAAUACUCGGCGGGGUAUUAAUAACAAUUGCUUUAUCAAAGGGUAUGCGGUGGCCACUUCAAUUCGGUACAGUGCUGGGAUACCCCUUGGCAAUAUUUAAUUUGAUACCAUUGUGUAAGAAAUUCUGUCCUACUAGAUGUGUGAGUUAAUAACAAUCGAAAUGAAAAAACAAUUUUUAGCUGGAAUGGUAAAAUGCACUGACUUAACGUUUAAGCAAAACUUUUAAGCUCAAAGCUUCGACAAAGUUUGAAAUUGUUUAAUUAUAAACGAACAAAUUCAGCCUAAAAGUAUGCAACAAAAUAUGUGACAAUUUGGAAUGGACGGCAAAACAAAUCACAACAUGAACUAUUAUUGAAUGUAAUUGUCAACUAAUUA